AUGGGUCCCCGGCGGAAAAAUGUGAAACCAUGCUCAGUGAACAGGGAAGGCUCUGAGUCUACCAAAGCUGACGAGCCAAAAGAUUACAUGAACCAACUCUCUCAUGAAGUGCUUUGCCACAUCUUUAGGUACCUUCCCUUGCAGGAUAUCAUGUGCAUGGAAUGCCUGUCCCGGAAGCUGAAGGAAGCUGUGACUCUUUAUCUGCGCGUGGUGAAGGUUGUGGAUCUGUGCGCAGGCCGUUGGUGGGAGUACAUGCCCACUGGUUUCACUGAUUCCAGCUUCCUAACGCUGCUGAGGAAGAUGCCAGACAUUGAACAACUUUAUGGUCUUCAUCCCAGGUAUCUUGAGAGACGCAGAGUCCGUGGCCAUCAAGCUUUCAGUAUUCCUGGAGUUUUAGAGGCUUUGCAGGCCUGUCCAAAUCUGCUGGGUGUUGAGACUUCUCAUUUAGAGCUGGUGGAAGCUAUUUGGACGUACAUGCCACAAGUUCACAUUUUAGGGAAGUUUCGUAAUCGUAAUGGUGCUUUUCCAAUUCCUCCUGAAAACAAGUUGAAAAUUCCUAUAGGAGCUAAAAUUCAGACUUUGCACUUAGUAGGGGUGAAUGUCCCUGAGAUUCCUUGUAUCCCAAUGCUGAGGCACCUUUAUUUGAAGUGGGUGAGACUCACCAAACCACAGCCUUUUAAAGAUUUCCUUUGUAUCAGCUUACGCACUUUUGUCAUGAGGAACUGUGCUGGACCUACAAACUCUUUGAAGUACGUUCCCCUAGUGACGGGCCUGGCUUCUGCUCGGAAUUUGGAGCAUUUAGAACUGGUUCGUGUUCCAUUUCUUGGAGGACUUAUCCAGCAUGUGGUAGAAGAUAGUUGGAGAUCAGGUGGUUUUAGGAAUUUGCACACUAUAGUUCUGGGAGCUUGCAAGAAUGCACUUGAAGUGGAUCUUGGCUACCUCAUCAUAACUGCUGCACGGAGGUUGCAUGAAGUGCGGAUCCAGCCUUCCUUGACCAAAGAUGGUGUUUUUUCUGCUUUGAAGAUGGCUGAACUGGAAUUCCCACAGUUUGAAACGCUUCAUCUAGGAUAUGUUGAUGAGUUUUUACUACAGUGUAAAAUGUCAAAUGGAGACCUGGUGAAGUAUGGUUUAGCUGAUGUGGUUGAAAAUCCAGGAAUUAUUACAGAUAUUGGUAUGAAAGCUGUAAAUGAAGUUUUUUCUUGCAUCAAGUAUCUGGUCAUUUACAACUGCCCACAUCUACAUAAUCCAAAUAAUUGGAUCACAGAUCAUUCAAGGUGGACCCGACUGGUUGACCUCACCCUGGUGCGAUGCCAUGCAAUAAAGCUAGAUUCUUUUAGUCAGUUCAUUGAGUUAUUGCCAAGCUUAGAAUUUAUUUCUCUGGACCAGAUGUUCCGUGAACCUCCUAAGGGUUGUGCUCGUGUGGGCCUAAGUGCAGGCACAGGAAUUGGUGUCUCGUCUGCCCUAGUCAGCAAUCAGAACUCUAACAAUGACAAUGACAACAACAACAACCACCAGAAUAACAAUAAUCCAAACCUCCACCACAACAAUCACCAACACCCAAAUGAUCAGAAUGAGGAGAAUGAGGUGCGGCAAGAUGGUCAAGCUGAAGAGCAGCAAAUUGCAGCUGAGGCACUGAAUGAGAUGGAGGAGGUGGCACAGGAAGAAGGGAUGGCUGCUGGUCAGGGCCAGAAUGAGGUCCCAGUGCACAGCCAGGCUGUCGUUCCUAUGGAGGUCGAUGAAGAGCAAGCAGGACCUAGUGGCAUUCAGCCUGUUGUAAAAGCAGCACCUAUUACUGUCCAUGAUUCAGACAGUGAGGAUGAGGAAGAAAACAUAGGAACUUCAAGAGCCUGCAUCUCUAACAGCAUUGCACAGAAUUACUCAGAUGGAGAAGAGAAAAGCAGAGAUCCAGUGGAAACUAGAGAACCUUCAGUAAGCGGUAAAGGCAAGGCACCCCUGCGGAAGAGAUGCGGUGCCAGCCAAGUGGGCCAGACAAAGCAGUUCCAUACUGAGGAGAGCAGCUGUGAGAAAGGUUGUCAAGUCACAAGUGAGCAGAUUAAAGCAGACAUGAAAGCAGCAAGUGACAUGCCUGAAAGGAGCAAAAGCAAAGAUUCUUACUCAGGUUGCAGUAAUGCUACAGGAUCGACGGGAACAUCCAGCUCCUGCAGUGCUGUUUCUCCCAGCCCUGACAGUGCACAGACAACUAGUAGCCACUCUGCUGGUGCCAGCCCGGGAAUUGGAGAUGAACCCAGGCAGUGUGUCUGCUCACCCUGUAAAAGUGAAGGUUCCAGUGAGAGAGAGACUGAGGAGAGCUCUGUGUGCUCCAGGUGUUCCUGCUACAAGCCACAGGACGCACACCAGAGGACUAGUGGCUGUUGUGAUGGGGAAUGCCCAUCCACAAGUGGAGCCUGCAGGGACGGCCCAAACAAGUUUUCUGUUUCCAAGCCAAAGCCACGGCAAACCACAAAGCGGAAAAGGACAGCUGACAAGUCCACAAGUACAAGUGACCCCGUUAUUGAAGAUGAUCAUGUUCAAGUACUGACUUUGAAAUCCAAAAACCUUGUUGGAAUCACCUUGACUAAUUGUGGAAUAACAGAUUUGGUACUGAAAGACUGCCCCAAAAUGAUGUUCAUACAUGCUACAAGGUGCCGUGUAUUGAAACACUUAAAAGUAGAGAAUGCACCAGUUGUCAAUCGGUUUGACUAUGCCCAGUGCAAGAAGUUAAACAUGGAUCAGGUUCUGGAUCAGAUUCUCAGGAUGCCGCCAGAAAGAAACCGGAUCAUUUAUCUUCGUCCAAUGCAGCAGGUUGAUACGUUGACUCUCGAGCAAAAGAUAUUUAGUGGCCCUUACCCAUACCACAUUUGCAUAAUUCAUGAAUUCAGUAACCCACCUAAUGUCCGCAAUAAGGUGCGCAUUCGGAGCUGGAUGGACACAAUAGCAAAUAUCAACCAAGAGCUUAUUAAAUAUGAGUUCUUCCCUGAAGCUACACGAACUGAUGAAGACCUGAAGAAAUACACUAAGUACCCUUGGGGACGAGAUAUUUACACUCUAGAAGGCAUUGUGGAUGGUGCCCCUUACUCCAUGAUUACUGACUUCCCAUGGUUGAGAUCACUGAGAACAGCAGAGCCAAACAGCUAUGCUCGAUACGACUUUGAGGAUGAUGAGAGAACUACUAUUUAUGCACCCCGAAGGAAAGGACAACUGUCUGCAGACAUCUGCAUGGAAACAAUAGGAGAAGAGAUCUCUGAACUGCGCCAGAUGAAAAGAGGUGUAUUCCAGCGGGUGGUGGCGAUCUUCAUCCAUUACUGCGAUGUCAACGGUGAACCAGUAGAGGAUGAUUACAUUUGAGUGGAUGUCCUCCCGAACCUCUCAUCCCUUCCAAAAUUCUGAUUGGCACUGCCGGCCAAGAACGCAGGUGGAUUCUUUCCGAAUGCAAAGCAUUUUCUUGAAACACACAUACUUUGCAGUUGCUCUUACACGGUUUAAAAAGGAGUAUGUAGUAAAUGUAUAAUGAAAAGUAAAAAUUUGUAUACUAAGAUUUGUACAUAGAGGAAAGAAAAGAAAAACUGCCUAAUACUAAGACUUUAUUUCAUAUGUUUAUACAAUUUAAUUUAAAUUCCAUUUUAAUGAAGGCCAAUAAUUAGGAACAGGGAAUAAUACUUUAAUUUUUCAGCCCAUAUGACUCAUAGCAGUAUUUUUUUUCUUAUGAACAAAAUCCCAUUUGCUGUGUUCCAACAGAGUCAUCAGAGUCUCUAUUAAUCUGUGCCUUUUUCUUGAGCAUUUAAGAGUCCAGUCUGAGUAAA